GAUCCUUGAAACCUGUUCAGUUUUUUCUAGGUCAAGUAUACUUCUGAGCUUUUUAAGAACUAAUUGUUCCCAAGGUAUGGGUGUGGAAGAUGAAAUGAAGAAAGCGUCCUGCUCCUGUUCAUCCAUAUGUUUUGAAUAUCCUCAGCCAAGUAUGACGCGUCCAUUAAACAAAAGAAGAGGUUUGAUAGAAAAUAUAGGACUUUGUGAGAAGAUAAUGGCUGAAAUGAUGCUGAAAGAAAAAGGAGAGGUCUUUCCUGAAAAAGAUUAUAGUGAUCAAAAGAGAAAAUCUACAGAAACUUGUGUUUUUAAAGCACAUCAAAAUACGAAAACUAGUAUUUCACCGUUGUCUGUUCAGAAGAAAUACGACUCAAGAAAAACUCACAAAGCUGCAAAUCGCCAGGUAUAUUCUGAAAGACGUCUGCCUAAGAGUUCUCCAGAUAUGGCAACAAAAUGCACAGAAGAAAAUAUAUCUUUUCUACUUUCACAUAUUUUAACAGACGGUAGCGGCCAGCCAACAAACGGGAAGCAAUCCGUUAAUUACCAUAUAUCCACUGAAAUCCCAGAGCAUACAUUCAUUCAAAAACCAACGAAUCCAAUCAAUGUUGCAUCCAAAGAAACCGAUGAAGGGAUUCAACAAACUGGUUCAGUUCAGGAUGUCAAUAGACUUAAUAGUCCAAUUUCAAAAGCUUCUAAGUCAAUUCAGUGCUCAAUUGACAAACCAACUACAAAUUCUGUUGAAAUUCAUUGUGAUAUUUUAAGCGUCAUUAAAAAUGAUGAUUUCUCAUUUGUUCUCGAUGAGAACAGUAAAUUAAUUGCCCAACAAAAAGCACAUAUUGAACAUUUAAAGCAUGCUCUAUCAUCGGAACAAAAUAAAGUUCAAGGUCUACAUAGUCAGUUGUGCAAAAAUCAACUCGAAUUUGACAAAGCUAAAUUAGGCUGGUUGCAGAAAGAAAAUCAGUUUAAACUAGAAAAGGACCGGUUUCAUAGAAAGAUCUCUGUUGUUGUCACUGCUAAAGAACAAGUAUCAAAAAAUCUUGAAAUUUCACGAGAAUAUAUAAAACUCUUGAAAGAACGCAUUUCUAUGUUAGAACAGUGUUAUUCAAACAUAAUUCCGAAUCCACGUAACUCAGAGCAUUUUUCACAAGAACGAUCUGACAAUUUCCCAACAGAGCGAACGCAUUGCAAACGGUAUCUAAAAAAUAUUGAUUCAAUUAGAUCAACACCAGAUUUAUCAGCUACUUUUCCUACCUUAAGCAAACUUCUUUCUCUCAGUAGUGAAUAUCGAGAUCCUCAUGAAUGUGUGACACCAAAGGUUCUUCAGCGUCUAACUAAUCAAUCAUGUCAAACGAACAAACGUGUUCACAACUACAACAGUUGCGGCACGAACCAACUACAAAAUACAACCAGUCUUGACAAUUUAUAUGAAGGUGAUCGUAUUUCGGUGCAUUCAACGGCUUCAAGUUCAAACGACUUUUAUGACGCUGAGUUGGCUUUGGCCAAUUACUACAAUUGAAAUACAACAGAAUCUAUUUGAACUAAGAGUCGGACGCUCAUACUGUCUAAUAUCUUAGCAACACAUACCCCAACUAUACAUUAAGAUUCUGCACGAUGUGUUCCUAAAAAGGAUUCCCAUAUUCGUACUAAUUUUGGAAAGAUAUAUACACGCUGUCACUCAUAUUUUGCCCUUGCCAAACACUUAUAUGUAAUCUUGAGCAUACUUUAUUAAUGCUUGUCUAUGCUAGUUCCUAUGUAUUUAUAUGGCUCAGUGUGUCCUUCAUUUCUACAUAUGUUAAGUCAACUUUUAGUUAAAUUUUGUAGACUGAGAUUUUGUCCAUUAUGCGCAUCUCCACUUGUCUGAGUAAGUGAACUUUUCUAACUCAAUUCAUCGGUGGUUUUUAUCGCCAAUGAGCUUGUUUGCAUGGAGUUAAACAGAAGAUUUAUAUUUUGGGGUUCAUUCAUCAUGAAUUCAGAUUGCAAUAACUAAGAAUUCAACAAUUUAUGGCAAUUUUCAAUUCUAAUGAAAGAAUAAUAUAUGUUCCUUUUGUUUUCAUUCAGAUUAUACCAUAAAAAAUACAUUUGUGUCUUAAUGAAACAUUUUAAUUCAGUUCUUCAUGAAUAGCAACGUUAAAUUUUCCACGUAGUUUUUGUUUUUUUAAAGAAUCGAAAAUAAUUUUUCAAAGAAUUCUCAACGAAAGAACCAUUAAUAAAAUGAUCAUAGCAUUAACAUCGAUUAUUAAGUCUAAUUCUGUCAUUUAAAGUUACUGUGCAUAAUACCCCGUAUCAAAUGAGAUUCUAAAACACCUUUACCAAACGUGCAAGAAAAAGCCCCGUUUAGAGGAGUGAUUAGUAAACGAAUUUUCGACAAACGCUAUACUACUAACCACACACAGACACUAACUUAUUUAUAAUUCCAGCCAAAUACAACGAG